AUGUCACUCACCACGAUUCAAAAAGAAGUAGAACUUAUUAAAUUUGAAGCCAGUUGGAUACAAGAUAAAGGUUGUGAGCAGGUUGCAGAGAAGGAGUGGUCAGCAAGGGUUCAAAGUUCUGAACCUAUGGAUGGGAAGGGUAGAGUAUAUGAAAGACUAGACAGAUUCUUAGCAAAUGGACAAUGGUGUGAUCUGUUCCCCCAAUCUGUUGUUACUCAUGGAUCAAUAUCCUACUCUGACCACAUGCCUAUAUGGUUGGAGGUGGAGGGAGGUGGGGAAAGAGGAAGACAGAAGAUGCUGUUUCGUUUUGAGGCAAUGUGGGUGGGUGAAGAGGGCUGUCAAUGCAUCAUCAAUAGGGUGUGGGAUAAAGAGGGGCAGAGAAAUGAUGUAGAAAAGGCCAUGAAGAUGAUCUUAGACUGUGGUGAGGAUUUACAGAGAUGGAAUGAGUCUCAUUUUGGAAAAGUUCAGUCAGAGUUGAAAAAGGCCCAACAAGUUUUACAAAAGUUACAAGCGGAGGAUACUGCAGGGAAUAGUUAG